GAGUACAAAAACUGUCCGUGGUACCGGCACAAAGGAGAAGUAGCAGCUCACUCUGUGUUUCCUUACCUGGAUUAUUGCUGAACAAAACCCCCGAGGCUGACAGAGGCAGAGGCAAGCGGGCGAAUGAGAGCGAAGCAGACACUGAACGAGUCAGUCAGGGUGAAAGACGAGAGGCUGGAGAGUGGAGGGGGGCCUGCAGGAAACAGACCCUGAAGAGAAACACUGAAACACACACACACAUUGUCACGCACAGGCAGAGCACUGAGGCAAGACUCUAGGGGGGGAGAACUCCCGGUGGUUUGUGAUGAAGAACCUCUGAUACCAACGGAGCUGAUGACAACUGAGGAAACACAAGACCGGACUGCUUUUUAACUGGAAAUGGACACAAAAAAAAAAACUCCACAGGGGUGAAGUGGAUUAAGCCCUAACAAAAGAAAGACUUUUGUCAUGAAGAACUCUCCAAAGUGGUUUCCCAUCUGGAUAUGUCAUCUUUCCCUCUGUGGAUUUAACCACUCAUGAUUGUGGACUUGAUUGAGAAGGAUUGACGUUUUCUGUGACUGAUUAUCUGAGUAAGUAGAGCUCAGCCUGCAACUUGUGGAGCGCAGGGUGGUCGGGACAGGGCAGGGGGAGGGGAGGACGCUCAAGCCUGGUACUCUGUCCUUUGGGAGGGGUCCUUUAACCAUGAGGUAACCCUCAAAAUAGCUCAGGGAUACAUCAAAAAAAAAAAAAAAUGUAGAAGGGAAACAUGCUGACCGUGCACAACCCUCACUAACACGAAUGGCUGAGUUGGAGUGAAACCUUUGGCCCCCAAAUCUCAGAUGGCAGUGUCCUUCAGGCUUUCCAUGCAUCUUGUAUGAGGACUGCUUUGUGCUCCACUGACCGUUCAUGGUGGAUUCAUUCAUUGUGCAGGGUAAUCCUUUCAUUAUAUUAUUGUUACUUGACAGACGCCCCUCAUUCCCCCCAAAAAUGUACAAUACCACCCUCCCCGCGGACAAUGUCACCCUGCGAUGGGCUGAAAACGUGACCUCAUUGUUGGAGGGCAAGAACUGCACCAAGAACGAUGGGUUCAAGUACCCGCUGUACAGCAUUGUCUUCAGCAUUGUGUUUGUGGUGGGGCUGAUCACCAACGUGGCGGCCAUGUACAUUUUCACCUGCACCCUGAAGCUGAGGAACGAGACCACGACCUACAUGAUGAACCUGGUGGUGUCCGACCUGCUGUUCGUCUUCACGCUCCCCUUGAGGGUUUUCUACUUCAUCAACCAGAACUGGCCCUUCGGCAGCGUGCUCUGCAAGCUCUCCGUCUCGCUGUUCUACACCAACAUGUACGGCAGCAUGCUCUUCCUCACCUGCAUAAGCGUGGACCGCUUCUUGGCCAUCGUGCAUCCGCUGCGCUCAAGGACGCUGAGGACCAAACGCAAUGCUAAGAUCGUGUGCGCGGCGGUGUGGGUGCUGGUGCUGUCCGGGAGUCUCCCCACGGGGUUUAAGCUGGAGGCCACCACGGCCAACAACAACAGGACAGCAAGGUUCUGCUUUGAGAACUUCUCCACUAACCAGUGGAAGUCUCACCUGUCAAAGGUGGUGAUCUUCAUAGAGACGGUGGGGUUUCUCAUCCCCCUGCUGCUCAAUGUGGUGUGCUCUGUGAUGGUGUUGCAGACCUUGCGUCAACCCCAGACCAUCAGCCGCGGGGGAAAGCUCAACAAAACAAAGAUCCUGCGCAUGAUCAUAGUGCAUCUCUCCAUUUUUUGUUUCUGCUUCAUCCCAUACAAUGUCAAUUUGGUUUUCUACGCUUUGGUCCGCACUGACACCUUGAAAGGCUGCUUUGUGGAGUCGGUGGUCCGAACAAUCUACCCCAUAGCGCUGUGCAUUGCUGUGUCAAACUGCUGCUUUGACCCGAUUGUCUACUACUUCACCUCUGAGACCAUCCAGAACUCGAUCAAGAGGAAGUCUCAGGCCAACCGUUCAUAUGAUGUCAAGUUCUCCGAGGCCUUGCAGUCAGAAACCAGCUCCAACCUGCAGUUCAACCUCAGGACCAUCAAAGCUAAAGUGUUUCACAACGAGUCCUCUGUCUGACGGUGUGGCUGUUGUGCACAGCACGCAGGGUAUUGACAUCCAUAAGUCCACGGAAAAGCAACUCUCCGAGAACACGAUGGAAAUGGAUUUUAUUGAGUGCUUUAUAAAGCACCUGCCAAAGAAGUAUUAUGGUUUAAGUCUUCAUCUCAGGGUAAAUGCAUGAACCUGUCACUGGUCAUAUCUGCUCUGCAGUACACUGGCAUAUGGCCCUUUGUUCACAUCUGUGGAUUUAUUAUUACUAUUUACUAAUGUCCUUUCCCUGUGGAAUAUAAUUGUGUUUAGCGCAAUUACACUGCCAGUGACCUGGAAGUGAGUGUGAUCACUGAAGAGCAGGACUACUAUGAUACUGAGUGCUACAUGUGCCAUUAUAUCUGUACACUUUUAUGGUAAGUUGUGGUGCUAACUCUAGAAUAGUAUCUAUUAAAUUAACCUUAAGUGAUACCAGGCUACAGACUGCAUAAGACAUUUGUUUUGUUUUGUAAAGUACAAAUAUAUUAGGCCACACAAGUGACUUUUUUUUUUGUUUUUGUUUGUUAUGUUGUGGGGUCAUUUUGCUAUAGACCCUUAUUUGUCCCAAUUUGUGAUUAAAUGCACUGACACCGAGUUCCAGAUACUGCACUCAUGCCACAGUAUUGAAUAAAAGUCAUAUACUGUCUAAAACAACUGGGAUUCACCUGAAACCUUUUGUCAAGGAAUAGGAACUGCUAUUUUGUUAAAACUGGAAAUGAAAUCACUCUAAGUGUUGUAACCUUGGUUGCCAAAUCAAAAAUAGACAAAAACAUAGAAUGGUGACUCAUAAGCCAAAUUACUAGAUUGAAAAAACUAUGUUUAAAUGCUGGUUUUAACAUCUGAAACAGCACUUUUGAGCCUUCGCUGCACUGCAGUAUACAAACAAUCCAGUCAAACCUGAUUUUAUGGCGCUAAAAAAACUGCUGCUGCACCAUCACAGAGGAAAAUCUGUUCCUCCUACAUGCAAAUUAGA